AUGACUGAACUACCUCUCAAGACUGUGGAUUUAGAAACGAAUUCUGAUGAUUCUGUUUUUAUUCCUGAAGUGGCGAAACAUGUUACAAAGAAGAAACGACAGGAUCUUCAAGGAAUCAGAGGAAUUGCCAUCAUAUCAGUUCUUUGUUUUCAUUUCUUACCAUCGGAGUUUCCAAAUGGAUAUCUCGGAGUUGAUCAAUUUUUCGUCCUUUCGGGAUUCCUGAUGUGCAUGUUACUCCGAAGAUCUUCAACGUCUUUGAAAUCUGAAAACUUCCGUUCUUCAGUUAUUCCUUUCGCUUUUGACUUUUACAUUAGACGUUUGAAACGAAUUGUGCCUCUCUAUCUGCUCAUUAUCUUGAUAUCUGUAUUAGCCCUUUUCUAUAUUUUCCCUGAUACUGCUUACGAAACCAAUAUUUCCUCCGGAAAACGAGCCUUAGUUUUCAUGUCAAAUCGAGCGACAACUCAAGAAGAAGACUACUUUUCAAUGCUUGCCAUCGCGGUAGAUAUAUUCACUCACACGUGGUCGUUGUCUGUCGAAGUUCAGUUUUACUUGAUCAUUCCAAUUCUGUUCAUUAUUGGAUUCAAAACAUUAUCUGACGAAUUUCAAGUGCAUUUUUAUGUCCUUUUAAGCGCAAUUUCUCUUGUUUACUCGUAUUGUUUUUGCACGGAGACUCAAGCAUUCAAUAGCGUUUUUGCUAGAGUCUGGCAGUUCAAUAUAGGAAUUAUUCUGUAUUUGCUUACUGAACCGAAAAAAAUAAGUACAGACGAAUAUAGUUUAUUGAUAGAAUCUGAGAAUUCUCCGACAUAUAAAAAGACAAUAAAAUGCAUAAUGCUGAUUUCAAUCAUCUGGAUUGUGUCAUAUCCAGUUGCGUAUCCUUCUGCGAUAUUGAGACCAAUAGUCACAAUAUCCACCGGAAUUCUGAUGUUUCUGUCAGAAAAUGAUGGGAUCCUCUCUUCUCACACUCUCACUUAUGUUGGUGAUCUUUCAUACUCACUUUACUUGAUUCAUUGGCCACUUUAUGCAUACUGGAAGCUGGUUUUAAGUGAUGGGAGUAUCUGUAAUACGUACCUUCUGCUUGUUCUACUUAUAUCCAUUUUGGCUGCAGUCUUGAGUUACGAGUGUUAUGAAAAGUGGUAUCUCAAAUUAUCCAACAAGUCGUUAAUGAUUUUAUGUGGUAUUCUUCUCGUGCUCAAUGCUGGAACACUUUUUAAAGACAAACUGAAUUUUGAUUCUCUUUCUCAAAAUUCAACACGAUUAGAUGGUAUCAUCAACGGAAAAGUUUCUUUUGAGUUGGCUGAGAAACUGAACCACGACUGGUCGAUUAAUGAUUUCAAAAAUUUGAAUGUUCCGAGCUGUGAUUACGAAACAGGAAAUGGUCCUCUUGGAUGGUGCAGACACAAGGAACUGAAUGGAAAGUACAAAUUGAUGUUGAUUGGAAACAGUUGGGCAGCUAAUCACGGAAGAAUUAUCUACGAAGAAUGUCAGAAUAGUUCAAAAAGUAUACUUCAAGGGUCUUCUCAAGGAUGCGAUCCCUUAUACAAUUCUCCAGAAGCCACGCAUUGUACGGGUACAGUUGCCAAAUACAGAAAAGGAGUGGUUAACGAGAAGCCGGAGUUUUUGUUUAUAACAACGAAAUUCAACUCUGUUGGUGAUCCAAUGCCUACGGGUGUGACUCAAAUAAAAGACGAUCCAAUAUAUCGAGCAAUGAGAAGACACACAGACAUAUUAGCAGAAAAUGUGAAAUACAAAUUAUUUCUGUUGAAACCGUUACCACACAUUGAUGGGGAAAAAGUGAAAGAUAUUGUUGGAAUGGUGAAGCAAAGAGAAGAUUUAAAAGAAUUUGAUAAAGUUCUCAUAAAGCGAUCAUCAGAUCUGGCACGUCGUCGUUAUGAUCAACUCUUCAAAGAUUGUAAGAAAUGUGUUUCGAUUGAUUACAUGCCUCUAUUGUGGAAUAGCACAACUGACUAUUGGCGUUUGUAUGAUGAGAACAACAGCGGAUUGACUUACGUCACUUCUCCAAAUCAUUUAUCACCUCAUGGACUGGAACUUGUUAGAAAUAUUUAUACAGAAAUUUGUAGGACACUGUAA